CUGGUCUAGGUAGAGCGUGCGCAUGGAACGCAUGCGUACAUUGGAUCGUGUUGUCGAGACACGUAUAGAUCUUCUGGAAUGGGAGUCACCGACUCCGAAAGAGGACUGUGCCGCAUGUCGCGCCCUCGACUGCGACAUCAUCUUUGCCCUGUUGUUCACCAUGGUGAUCGCCUGUUUGCUAGUCCUUAUUAUGGUAUUUUGGCUGAAAGGAGUACUACAGUACGAGGAUGUGUAUACACGUUUGUCGCGGGACCGAGGCAACGCGUAAAAUUAGAAUUUGAACAUUUUCAUCUCGCUGGCAGUUCCGAGAGCUGCGAGAUUGAAUAUGUAGACAUUUACUCGGAACUUGAACGGGUUGAAUCCGAUCUGCUAUCCGCAUCAUUAGGAGGCAGAUAUUGUGGUACCGUAUCACCUCAUGUUAGAAUAAGCCUUCAUCGUGUGCUAGUGCUCGUAUUUCAUUCCCGUGCUAGAGAAGUCGACCGACAAUUUGGUUUUCGUGGUCGAUACUCAUUCAUUCCAGACACAAAAUACCAAGCUGGCGUACCGCUUGAUGGUGAAGAUGGUUGUAGUUUCUUAAUUGAAGCCUCUAAGCGCAAGAAAGGCGCUAUUUUCUCUCCUACAUAUCCUGGCACCUAUCCAAAAAACUUUCACUGCUCAUAUUUGCUCAAAGGAAAAGCCGGUCAACGUAUUCGUCUGUUCUUUCGCGAUUUCGAUAUUUACUUUGGUGGCGAGCAUUGCCCUUAUGAUUCUGUUACAAUAUUCGAUGGUCCCAGUACAAGCUCACCAAUUAUCAAAAAGGUAUGCGGUCUACAACAACGAACCGAAUUGUAUACUGUUGGCCCAGAAGCCCUCAUUCACUUCAACACUACCAACCCAGCCAAAGCCGAUCCUCGAGGAUUUGUUGUGGAGUACGAAUUUUCGACAAGAUUUGUCGAUGUAGCACAAUUAUUGCAUGGACAAAAAGGUGUUACACAUAUGCGAGGCACAGAAUGUGACAUCAGAGUGGAAAGCAAUCGAGAAACUACACAUUACAUUUAUUCACCAAAGUUUCCCGACCUGUACCCUCCUAACACCACUUGUACCUAUAUACUCGAUGGUCUACAAGGUGAUCAAAAUCUGGAAAAAGUCAUUCUCACAUUCGAGGAAUUUGCUGUGCUUUCCGACGAUGAUAGUACCGUCAUAACCGAACCUCCAAGUUUGGACGAUAUCACUUGCCCCGUAGCUUGGGUAGGUGUGGCUACAUCGGAUGCGACAAUGAAAGCAACACUUUCAUCGACUGACGAGAGCAAUUAUGAGUCGACCCUGUGCGAAAGGAUACCAGCAUCAUCUCCUUUGAUGGGCCCAUAUGUGAGCGAAGGCCCUCGAAUGGUGGUCCAAUUUGGCACGACCGAUAAACUUGUCACUGAUGGGCUUCGUCCUAAUGGAUUCAAGGCAAAAGUGGAGUUCAAAACAGACUUUGGUGUUACUGGUGAGUCGAUCGGCACUUCAAACGAAUGUCUCUUUCGAUUCCGAAGUCCAAUGGGAUUUUUCAAUAGCCCACGAUAUCCAGCAAAUUAUCCACUCGACACAAAUUGCACAUACUUCAUCGAGGGUAAUCCUGGACAGCAAAUUCUGAUCCAUUUCGAACAGUUUGCGUUGUAUGUUGGAAAGGAGGAGGAGGACAGAUGCAAAGAUUGGCUGGAAAUCUACGAUGUUUUUCAAGACGGCGGUGAAGAACGACUAGUGCUUCAAGAACGCUAUUGUUCGGACACACUUCCUGGCCCUACCGUAUCGGCUUUCGGCGCCUAUUCGAUGCGCGUUGUGUUCAGCUCGGACUCGAAAGGAAGUGGAAAUGGAUUUAAAGCUUUGUAUGAAAUACGCCCAGCUGCGAAAGAAGAUAUUCCAACGCAUGAAACAAAAGAAACCCGAGGUGAUGGAGCGUAUCGAUGUGGUAGAAGAAUUCGUGCUAGUGAGACGACUCCCACCGGAUACGUGAUGUCUCCCAAUUAUCCGGUUAAGUAUAAUAAGGAUGUUCAUUGCGAUUGGGAGAUUAUAGCUAGGGAUGGAUACAAGAUUCUCCUCACUAUGGUCAAGAUGGAAAUCGAAGGUGAAGUGACUGCAAAUAAAGCGCAUUGUCAGAAGGCCGUGAUCCGUGUAUCUGGUGCGCCGCGUCCUGAGUACUGCGGGACCAACCAAAAUGUUUUUACUCCUUUUGUGACGAAAAACAGCUCGGUGCGAAUUAGUUUUUUAACGAGUCCCGACAAAGUGAAUGGCCUUAAAGGCUUCAAUAUGAGCUGGACUGAAGUUCGGGAGGUUAACGAAAUGAGCGAAUGUAGCGCGUCAAAUGAAUAUAUGUGCACAUAUAGUAAACUAUGUAUAAGUUCAUUACUAAGAUGUAAUGGUGAUGCAAAUUGUGGAUAUCAGGACGACACGGAUGAGACACAUUGUGCACGCAAGGAAAGCACAACUGACAAAACCAUAGUUAUAGCUGGUGUUUUCUGUGGCGCCAUAUUCUUGUUUAUCUGCAUUUUCUUCUGUUAUCUGUUCAAAUCGAAACUGGAACGUAAAAAGAAGCGGCAACGAAGUCAUGGUUCUCAUCAUCGCCAUCGGCAACCUUACCGAUCACAGAAGCCAGUCGGAAAGUCGAUAGCUGAUUCCGAACUUCCCUCUCCGGCAACAUCACGAUUUGUUCAUCAUGAUGCGACUGGUAUAUUGCCUCCAAUCACGCUUCACACCAUCCCCGACGAGGAGCAAACAUUUUAUGGAUAGAUUUUUGAAAUCCAUAGCAAUCCUGUCUUCUCCUACAUAUUCGUUACAGUUCGGGUUGUGUCUCAAAUUUUUGGAAAAGUUGUAUAAGUGAAUUCCUAUCAUAAUCUCUGUUUUGAAAGGAUACCGCUAAUCCCCUAUGUCCAUGGCGUUUAUGAUGCUACAUUAUUUUUUUGUGCGAGGAAUUUACUUCAAAGCUCAGGAUAAAGUUCUGCAUUCUUUUCACCCGAAUUUCUCACGUAAAACUGGC